AUGCAAAAGACAUUGAAAAUCGACGUUGAUGUGUCGAUGCACGGGUCUUUCGAAGCAUUGAAAGAUUUUCAAGUGAAACAGCAAAUUUUAAGUGAAGUAAAUAACGUUCUGAAGGAAAAAGGACAGAAGUCAUCUGCUGUUUCAAUCGACAGAGCGAUCAGAAAUGCGAUUUCUCUACUUUCGACUAGAAAAAAAGAGAAGACGCCUUCUAUCUUAUCGGUAUACUUACCGACGAAUAGUAUUGAACAGUCUUCUGAUACUGUUGUACCUAAUAUUUCGUCUGAUGAUGAUGUUUCGACAGCAAAUGCUUCUGAUACUGUUGUACCUAAUAUUUCGUCUGAUGAUGAUGUUUCGACAGCAAAUGCUUCUGAUACUGAUGAUAAUGAUAAUUCGACGCUAAACCGUAGUUGUGAAUCGUUGUCUUCAUCCAGCGAGUCGAAUGUUCUUUUCUCCAUGACAGAUAACACGCUGAGAAUCGAUGCUCCGUUUGAAUAUCUCGAAGAAUAUUUUAAGUACUCACUUACAAAGAAUAACAAAUCCAUGAAUCUUGACAAAUUUGUCACCGACAUUUGUAAGCGUGUUUUUGUUGAACUAAGAGCUGCGAUUAGUAUGCGUGAAUUAAAAAAUGAACUUAGCCUGCAAAUAAGCCAUCUCGUAAAGUCGGCACGUCGACACGCUGGCAGCAAAAGCAUCAUUUCAGUUUUGCGUUCAAUUAAUCUUUUCUCUUUCAUCUUCAAAUCUAUGAAACCUUUGAAAGAAACUAAUUCGUUGAUGGGCUUUAUUCGAUAUAGAAGUAAUGAUGACCCAGGUCCAAUACUUCUGAUUCGUACAACAAACGGAGCCUUGGAUAUUCUUCAAUUCUAUCCAUUCGCAGGCGCGGUAGAAAUUACGUUUAACGAAGCGUUAGCACAACAAGCCCUAUCGUCUUUCAACGAAAGGAAAACAGUAAACCUCGACGAACUCUCCAAUCUAAUACAAACAUGUGCUCUGUCGAGUAAUUUGAAAUUAGACAUGGAUGAUGUAGAGGAGAUACUGAAAACAAAAAUUUUAUUUGAUCGUGCUUCGUUAGAUUCUACCAAGCCUUCUCUUCUCACAGCAACUGUCAACCAAGUUGAAACAGAUCAAAUAUUGAAUAGUCUCGAUAGGACGUCUGCACAUCAUUCUCCUUCUUUUGACGCAGACGAAUUAGAUGCGAUCAUAGGUCGAACUUAUAGUACACGUGGCGUCAAACGCACGUAUGAAGAGGACCCGAUCUCCAUUGAACCAAAUCGAAACAUGUAUCGACGUAAUCAAACGUCGAAAGAUAAAAGAGAUUUGUUACAUUUAAAAGAUACACAUCAUCUCACUGACAGUGCUUUGAAGGCUAUUUUCCAGUAUGUUCAAAGCAAAAAGAAACUUUAUUCUUUGAGCGAUAUCGAAGCACUACGAAAGCAAACGAAUGCUAAGUUUCCUAUUUUGUUCACUUCGACAAGUGCCUAUGUGAAGUUUGAAUACGCUGUUCGUACAGCUAUCUUUGUUGCGCGCAAAUACGACUCAACACUCGAAGAACACGAUACGCUGAACAUUCGUUUUAACAUGGAUGGUACAUUGAUAGGAAACAAGCACAUAGUGGCCAUAUCUGUAAAUUGCAUCGAAGGGGGUCACUCUUGUCAGACGGCAAGAAAUCUUGUUCCUUUAGGACUUUUCGAAGUACAGAAAGAGAACACAGAAAUGCUACGAACGAGCUUACCAGCAGAAUUUCUGAAUGAUAUUAGAUCCGUUAAGUUCAUUGCCAUAGGUAAAAAAAAUAUUCGUAUUCGUAUUCGAUUAGGUGGUGAUCUAAUGAAUGCAGUCUACGUUUUUGGACUUGCUGGUUUCAGCUCUAACUAUCCAUGUAUUUUUUGUACACAGCAUAAGGAUGAUCUUCAUGUAACUGAGGAUACGGCGUACGAUAAAACUAUCACCGAAGGAAAAGGAAAAAACAAAACAACGACUACUGUUCAUAUAGGGCCCACUUCGUAUCAUGAUACUAGCAAACGAGCACGUUCUUUGGCCGAACAAACUUUAUGUUUAGCUAAGCAAAAUAAUGAGUUAGGAUACAAAUGUGAACCUCUUUUCGGUGAUCUAUUCGAUUAUCAGGAUUAUUGUGUUGACACCUUGCACAUGAAGCUCCGAGUCUUCGAUGUCAUUUUAAAGGACAUCCUUUCUUAUGCGUCUCGUACGGGCAAAUACGGAGCCGAACAUCUAGCAAUUAUCGAAAAAAAAAUCAAAAUUCUUAAUCAACAUUGCGAAAGAACUGUCGGGAAGCGAUUUUUCUUUCAAGUAGAAUUAGAUGAUAAAAACAAAACUAUCGCCUCUCAUGGAAAACUUUCAGGUCAUCUUCAAGAUCUUUUUUUUGUAAAUAGUUUUCCUUAUGACGAAAUACUAAGCGGUGAUAUCGCUAAGUCAGCACGAGCUGUUGUAAAUAAAUUCAAAGAAGUACUCGUCGAAGUGAAACACACUUCUGUAAAACGAAAAGGUGUUCUCAAACGCUUGUCACUCGAAUUCGUAAAAGAAUUUCGACAGAGUGGUCUACGGACAACAGUAACUCCGUAUAUUCAUAUAAUCGGCAAUCAUUUACAUGAGUUUCACGAGCUCACCGAUUUAGGAGAUUACAAUAUGCAAGGCGUAGAAAAAAGUAAUGAUCUUCUUUCGCGAUUGUAUUUUUCAUCUACAAACCCUGCUAGAAAUCCACUUCUCACUAUGCUUCAGAAGUUGUAUCGAAUGCUUGAAAUGAAUUUUCAAGAUGAGCAAGAACGAGACUCAAUGGUUAAGUUUGCUCGCACAGGUGUCUACGAUUUCGCUGAAGAUGACGAAACACCUGAAACUCCUAAUAAAGAUCAUAUGGUUUCCCGUAACAGCGAUAGAGACAGUAUGGAUAGUGAGACGGAACCCGAUGAGCAUGUUGAAUCAUCCGCAAGAGGAACAGAAGUUGAUACUGACUCUGAUGAUCAUUCAGUAUGGGCACCGGAAAAAAGAUUUCGAACUCAACGGACCGCACGUACAGAAAAUCGUUUUAAAUGUCUUCGAAGAUCUUAA